CCCCAACCAACCAAUCGCCUUCCCCCAAUCCCCCGAGUACACGCCCUCUCUCUCAGCACACUCACAACCACAACCACCAUUUUCCCUCCUCUCCCCUUCCCGCCUCUACAUGAAAACGUAUCCAUCCCUAUCAUCACCAUGAACUCGAACCCCUCCACCGCACCCGGAGCCCCCGCAACCUCGACCCUCGGGCGUCUCAGCGGCGCAGACGCCGCAGCCCUGGUCUCGCUCCGCUCAAAGUUGAUGCCGCUGGUAUACCAACUCGAAGUGAUGAAGCAAGAAAUGGCCAGCUCGCCACAACCUCCAGACUGGCCGUCGAUCCAGCGCAGCACAGCAACAGUAACACACCUCCUAACCUCGCUCCACACGCUCCUCCACUCCUCCUCGCCGCAGACAACCCACCUCUUCGCGUCCCUACACGUCUACCCCGUCUCCCCGUACCCCGUCAACGACGCACAGCCGCUGUCGGUGCUGGACACGCAUCUCCGGAAGAUGCCGCAGCCGCACGACGCGGCGUGGGUUGAGAAACGGGUGGGCAAGGCCGCGGGGUUCAUGCGCGUGCCUGAGGAAUGGGGUGUUGAUGCCCCCGCGCCCUCACCAUCAGACGACGAGGGUGAUGAUGGAAAAGAGGAGGGGAAGGUGAGGGUGAAGGGGAUGUUGAGCGAAGACGAGAUCGCGCGCUUGUGGCGCGACGCCCCUGCCAUUGUGGAGGAUGAGAUGGCGAAUGUGGGGUCUGAAGAUGGGUCGCCUGCGGACGAGGACGAGGACGAGGAUGAGGAUGAGGAGAUGGGCGGUGUGGAUGAUGGUGCGAAGGGGAAGAGUGGUGGCGGUAGCAGCAGUGUCGUUGCGCAGACGCUGAUGCCGCUGGAGAGUCUGCAUAGGUUUAUGAUGAGUGGAGGGGCUGUCGAUGGGUAGGGUAGGAGGAAAGGUGUUUCGUGCGUGUGUGUG